GUACCUAAACAAGUUGGGCCCAAAAUCCAUUCAACCAAUCUACCCCACCCAAGCAAGAAUCAGAAGCCUCAUAACUAUAGAUAGUAUAUACCGUAUUUAGACGCGUCGAAACGCAUCAUAUAUACGUUGCUGGUGCAUCGCAUCCUUUCAGGUUUUCUUUCCUUUUGCCCUUUACUCUCUCUCUCUCUCUCUCUCUCUUUUCUCUCUCUAUCUGGGCAUAAAGUGAAGUGCCUAACAAGGCCAUGCACAUCGAUCAUCGAACGUAACCCUCGUUUCCUCCGCCCAAUCCACGAUGAGAACCUGAGAAGAAAACUACUGCUCGUUCUCCCUGAGCGUCAGCGUCGCCCCCACCAUCAUCGAUGCGCGACGCCCCUCCUUUCUUUAUAAGUAUGUCGAUUUGAUUGAUGAAUCCCCGGCAGGCAGGCAGGCAAGCAAGCUCGACGACAACCCGGAAGAGAACGAGCUCUCUACAUAACGCCAGGAUACGUGAAUCAUGUUCGAUGAGAACAAUAGGGUCGACAUGAAGAAACGCCAUUUCGACUCCGACGCCAAGGGCCGACGCCACCCUCUGAACAGGCGCUGGCUCCUCGCCGUCUCUGCCGCCUUCCUUGUCGCCGCGGCCCUCCUCCUCCUCCUCGCGGCCACCGCCAUCGUCCCCGGAGGGGGUGCCGCGUCGGCGUCGUCCUCCACCGCCGCUGCCUCGCUCCUCCGAGACCUCGCCGGCGGCAGGGGCGGCUCGAGCUACGACCCGACGACGCCAACACAGCUCCAGGCCAUCCUCCAUUACGCCACGUCGCGGGUGGUCCCGCAGCAGUCCCUCGCGGAGAUCAGCCUCUGCUUCAACGUUCUCCGGGAUGCCGCCCCUUGCAACUUCCUCGUCUUCGGCCUGGGCCACGACUCCCUCAUGUGGGCCGCCCUCAACCCGCACGGCACCACCGUGUUUCUCGAGGAGGGCGAGUCGUGGAUCCGGUCCGUGCUCACGAAGGCCCCGUCCCUGCACGCCUACCACGUGCAGUACCCGACCCGGCUCGACGAGGCCGACGAGCUCCUGGCCACGUACGGGAACGAGCGGGACUGCAUGCCCGGGCACGCCGGGUUGGGGAGCGAGAGCCGGUGCCGGCUGGCCCUGCCGGGGCUGCCGGAGGAGGUGCGGGAAAAGCAGUGGGACGUGAUCAUGAUCGACGCGCCGAGGGGGUACUUCGCGGCGGCGCCGGGGAGGAUGGGGGCGAUAUUCACGGCGGCGGUGAUGGCGAGGGGGCGGGCGGGGGAGGGGACGACGCACGUGUUCCUGCACGACGUGAACCGGCGGGUGGAGAGGACGUACGCGAAGGAGUUCCUGUGCAUGAAGUACAAGGUGGAGGGCACGGGGAGGCUCUGGCAUUUUGAGAUCCCGCCGUCCGAUAACGUGAACGCUACUCGAUUCUGUUGACGACGACGACGACAUCUUUCUUAUUCAUCUUUUUUUUUCCCAGUUUGGGUACCGUCGGCUUCUUGUU